GAGUAAUUGUGGCAUAACGCACCAUUUUGGUUGUGUGGUCAUGGAGCUGUACGCGAGCCUCGUCGAGGGCGCGGGCCCGAAGAAGAAGGAGUACUGGGACCGGCAGACGUACACGUCGCUUGAGGAGCAGCAAGAGGCCAUGAAGCAGUCGAGCACGCUCUACGUCGGUAACCUAAGCUUCUUUACGAGCGAAACCCAGAUCUACGAGCUCUUCUCGGUCGUCGGGCCGGUCCGCGCCGUCAUCAUGGGUCUCGACCGCCUCAAGAAGACGCCGUGCGGCUUCUGCUUUGUCGAGUACUUUAACAAGGAACACGCGCAGGCCUGCUCCAACUUUGUCUCGGGCACCAAGCUCGACCAGCGUGUCAUUCGUUGUGAGCUCGACGGCGGCUUCCGCGAAGGCCGUCAGUAUGGUCGUGGCACGACCGGCGGUCAAGUCCGCGACGAUCGCCGCUCCAAGGACGACUAUGAUCCGGGUCGCGGCGGCUACGGCAAGAAGGUCGACGACGUCGGUGGCCACACCAACCACUUCCGCCGCGCCGGCGGCAUGAAGCGCGACCGCACCGACAGCGUCGGCGACUUUGACUCGCGUCCGUCGUCGCGCCGCCAGACGAGCGACCGGCGCAACGACGUUGACGAUGUGAGCAUCGACGACGAGAAGAAGAAGGAGGCCAACCCACGCUUCCGCGAGCGCGACAGCGACAACGACGACGACGACGACGACGCGCCCAUGGACGAUGACACGGCGUGAACACGCUGCUAUCUCUAUACCACUAAUAACCUUUAAGUAUAUUUGCCCUUUACAGCGCUAGAAAGA